AUGACGAGCGACGGCGAUUUGAACGUGGACAACCUCAUUACCCGGCUUCUUGAAGGUUAUAUAAACCCCAGAAAUAUCUUAGAUUUGAUCAUGUUUUUAUGAGAUAUUUUACUACAAGAAGGAAGAUUUUUUUCAUAUUUCAGUAAAUUUUUUUCGGUUAUAGAAAAGUAAUAAUGAGGAUUAAUCUCUUUUAGUUGAAGAUAAUCAGAAAAAGAGCAGAAAUAAUCAAAUUUUCACAGUUUCGAAAGAAAAAUUUAAUUAUAAAAUGAAGUUUUGAAAUUCCUGGUUUUUCAUUUCUAAAUUGUCGAUUUAUCGAAAAAUCGCUUUGACUCGAGGCUUGGGUCAAGGUUCAAAAAGUUUGUUCAAAAAAAAUGACAAUUUUUUGAAAACACCUGAUAUUUGUAUCACCUGCUGUGACGUGAGACGUCUAAUUUCAUUUUCUAAGAAAUUCUGAUGAAAUUUCUGAACGGAUAAAUUUUUUUAUAAUGUUAAGAUUUAAUGUAGUUCGAGAAGAAAUUUUACAGAAAUUUUUUUGAGAAUUUUUUUGAAGUUUUGAAACUUGAGUAUGUGAUUUUUCUUAUAUGAAGAAGCUUCAGGUUUAAAUACUCAGAUUUUUUUGAUUUGAAUUCAGUUUCAUUUUUUUCGAUGAAACGUUCAGAAGCCAUAAAUUAGCACAAAACGGCUCUUCGCCCGAAAACCCUUUAAGAAAUUUGUCCAUGCUUCUUCAAAAUUUUAGGAGCCUUUUUCGAAGCAGAAAAAAAAGUCCUAGUUCGAAAAUUUUGAUCAUCCGAAUUUUAUCAUGCUAAAAGGGCACAUUUCUCAAUUUCACUUGAAAGGUUCUCGAAAAAUACAUUAACAUUAUUAUUAUUAUUAUUAUCAUUUUUGCAGUCCGCGGAUGCCGACCGGGAAAGCCGGUGACGAUGACGGAGGCCGAAAUCCGCGCCCUGUGUCACAAAUCCCGCGAGAUUUUCCUCUCGCAGCCGAUUCUUCUCGAGCUCGAGGCUCCUCUCAAGAUUUGCGGUCAGUUUUUGGGAAAAGCUGGUCAGAAAGCAGAAAAAAAAGCAAGAAAAUUGAGACCUUUUUCUGCUGAAAAUAUUCGAAAAUCAGCUGCGGAUUGUCAUCUUCAAAUUGAGUUUUCCCCUUUUUGGAGGUUCAGAAAUCUCGCCCGGAAUAGUUUGGAUGAGCUGUGGGAGGUUCAGAGUGAACUUGGAAAGUUAAAAAAAAAGCAUGCGGAAAAAUCGUAAAAUUUUUGAUUUCAAAAGUUUAAAAAGUGAUGAGGCUUUAAAAAAGGAAAAUCGGUAUUGAUACUUUCCAAAAAAUCUAGCGAAGAUUUUUUCGAAAAAGGUUGCUAUGUAAAUUUACGCUCUACACUUUCUUUUUACUUCUAAUAAUGUGAAAAGAAGUUUCUUUACGUUGAAAAUCAGAUAAUGUAACCAGUUUCCUCAAUAAUUUGGGAUUUUUACACUUUCCUCACUCUUUACAGUACACGCGAGUCACAAGAAAACUGAAAUUAGAUUUUCGAUCAAAAAAAAAUGAGAGAACUUGAUACCUCCAUGUGAGGAAAUCAGAUUAAAGAUUUUAUCGUUUUGGUUGUUUGUUUCCUGGAAAAAUGGGUUUUACCAUCUUUAUGAUCCAUCUUGAUGAAAAGUAGGGAAAGAGCGGGUGAGAAAAGGGAAUUGAAAAAAGGGUUACAAAAAAAAGAAACGAUGGUUUCAUGUCGCUGAACCAACAAGAGAACGUUUUUUGGCCCUCGGAUGAACUUUUGAUGAAAAUUGGCUGAAGGGCACUUAAGGGCCUCAUUAUCCCAAAGUAAAGAAAAAUUCUCGCUAUAGAUUUUUAUUUUAGAGCAUUGAGAAUUAAAUAUUUGCAAAUUAUACAAAUAACGAGAAAAAAAAACCGUAAAAAAGUUUUGAAGCUUCACAACUGGGAAACAUGAGCAAAAAGAUUUUAUUUUCGAGAAAAGGGCCUUUUUCCUUGUUCUGCAUCAAGAGGUCCUAGAGUACACUACAGUCAAGUUUCAUCAAAAGUUCCCUUUGUAAUAUUUUAAUAAAUCAAUUGAAACAUAUUUUUUUAAAAAAACCCCCCAGAAAAAUAAAAAAAUUAAAGAGCAAGUUAAAAUGGAGAGUAGAACUUGAACAAAGUUGAGAAUAAGUUUUCGAAGUUCGAGAACUUUUUGAAAAUUACGGCUCGAUCAAGUUCAGAAAGAAGCUCAGGAUUAGUUGCCGGCGAGAUAUGACAUUAUAUUAGUUAAAAGAAAAGUUUUUUUUGAAAUCAAUAGGAAACUGUUUUCUCAUUUAUUCUUGCCAUCAAAGUUUAAAACUUUUUUUUUCGAAUUUUUCUCUUAAUUGUCAGGAUUACUCUGUCUAAAAUUGAAUUUUGAAAAUAUCUUUUUACGUAGUUUCUUAUUGAGAAUGUUUAUUCUAUUGAAUCAAAAAUAGCUUCGAAUUCUUAUAAGCUUUUUAAUGGUGACCACAUAUGGGCACAUUAUUUUAAAAGGCCUUCUGUCCCGAGUUUUUUAAAAAUUGAAGUCAAUAGCAUCUUAUGAAGUUUCUUAUUUUCGUCAAUAUUACUUCACUAAAGUUGAAACUUGGUGGGAAUAUAAUCAAACUUUUUUUCCUGAGUUUUCCUUCAAAAAAUCCCCAUUCUCGGGAUAUUUGAGUGUUCAAACAUAAUCAAGUGAAUGAACGUUCGAUUCCAGGAGACAUCCACGGGCAGUACAACGACCUUCUGCGACUCUUCGAGUACGGCGGAUUCCCGCCAGAGGCCAACUACUUGUUCUUGGGCGACUACGUCGAUCGUGGAAAGCAGAGUCUUGAGGUGAGAAAAAAAAGUCGAUUCAUUGUCGAUUUAAAAAAAAAGUCAAUUCAUUGUAGAUUUUAACUUUUGUUACGUUUUCCAUGAAGUCUCAGAUUCAAGUGAUUUUUUUAAAGAUCCACACUGAUCUGCGAAUAAAUUUAUGAUUAAGUAAAUAAGGUGACUAUCUUUAACUUCGCCCAAAGAUCCGCGUUAGGUAUGCAACAAGUCACCCUUCUGCUCACAUUUGUCAAAUAGGGAAAAUGUUCAAUAUUGAACAAUAAAUUAUGGAAAUGCGUUCAGACGAUCUGCCUCCUGCUGGCCUACAAGGUCAAGUACCCGGAGAACUUCUUCUUGCUCCGUGGAAACCACGAAUGCGCGUCCAUCAACCGCAUCUACGGGUUCUACGACGAAUGUUGGUCCUUUAAUUAUAGAGUUAUAAAAAAGACAGUAUUGUAGAGGUUUCAAAUGUUGAAAAGACUUUUUUUUUAAACAUAAGAGAUCAGAGAUGUGCGUGAUCGGCCCGAAAUCAGUCGCAAUCGCAAACUUUUUUUCAAUUUUUUCUCAAAAAAAUUUUUUUUUCUUAACAACACUUUCGAUCACUCGCUCCCCGUUUUACGAAAAUUUCAAGACAAAAAGGUUCGAAAAGUGGCAAACUUUUGACUGCGUUGCAGCACACAGCUCUGUCAGAAACGGAGAUCUUCACGGAGAUUUCAGGCAAACGUCGAUUCUCGAUCAAGCUGUGGAAGACGUUCACGGAUUGCUUCAACUGCUUGCCGAUCGCGGCGCUGAUCGACGAGAAGAUCUUCUGCUGCCACGGCGGCCUCUCGCCGGACCUCCAGAACAUGGAGCAGAUCCGACGCGUCAUGCGUCCCACCGACGUCCCCGACACGGGUAAUUUAUUGCAUUUUGAGAUCAGAUUCUCCUUCUUAUCUCAAUUUUACUCUUUUUAAGUUAUCAGAAUCUAUGAUCUGACCGAAUUUUAGGCCAUAUAAAACUUGGGAAGCAUUUUUUUCCUGGUGCUUUGAAUUUUUUAUUUUUCUUUCAAAAAAUCGAUUUUCAAUGCUCAAACAAGUCAACGCCGAAAAUACUGUAAUCUUCCUUUUAAUUUUAAUUUUGACUUCACGUUUUCUGCCAGAAUUCUUAUGUGCGAUCCUUCUCUGAUUUUUUGUUCUGAUACUUGGUUACUGUAUACGCGUAAAAAGUGAUUAAAACAGCCAUAAGAGAGGGAAAAAGACAAUUAAAUUCCGGAGAGCCAGAGAUUAUUUUGAGUUUCUCGCAAAUUUCUUUGAACACGCCGUUACGAAGUAAAAUUUGAAAUGCCAUCUGUUAUACUUAAAUUCUCAAAAAUUCAAAUCCAGUAAAGAAAUUUUAAAUUUUCCCGUCAAAUUGAGGCUUCAAACUGUCAAGCCUUGAUAUCCUUUUAUAAUCUUGUUCCUCGUACUUUUUUCAACUCGAAAUCUUGAUAAAUAUGGUUUUCAGGACUUUUGUGCGACUUGCUCUGGUCGGAUCCGGACAAGGACGUGACGGGCUGGGGCGAGAACGACCGCGGUGUUUCUUUCACUUUCGGGCCGGACGUCGUCGCGAAAUUCUUGAAUCGUCACGACUUGGAUCUGAUAUGUCGCGCUCAUCAGGUCGGUGUACACAAAUUGAGAAGUUGGGUGAAUUUUUGAAUGGGAGAAGAAAUGACAAAAAAACAUAAAAAAGGUCAAAAGCAGAAUCUUAUGUCGAAAGCACAAUUUUUUUGCAGUUUUAUCAAAAAAGCAACUUUUUUUCAAAAAAAUUUUGCUAGCUCGAUUUUCUGACCAACGUUCCUAAUGAUCAUAUGAGGUUUUAUAUUUUUUUCGGAGUUUUUUUAUUUUUUUCAUGUUAAGUUUCUGAAUUCCUAAUUUUUUUUAUCAGAUAAAAAUCUUGAAUUGACGCGAUUUGAAGCUUAUAUAUCGCCCCUCAAUACUGAAAUCGAGAGUUUGGGUGCAUUUUUAAUUUUAAAUGAAAGAAGAAAAAAAUGAAAAAACAGCGCAGAGUCUUGAGAAAAAAAUCACGAUUUUAUUAUAUUUUUUUCCUAAAAACGCAUUAUUUCAUCAAAGUUGUUCAGAAGAAGUUUUUUUAACGAUCAUAGUGAAGUUGCUAUUUUUGGUGACAUUUUUUUAGCUUCUUUUUUUGGCUCCUAACAAUUAGAACUGAAAAAAUUUUGAAAAAUUAAAAUUUGAGGUAUUUUUUUAAAGUUUUCUCACCAUAAAAAUACGUAUUCCUAGAAAAAAAAAACAAAAAGCCGAAAAAUUCAAGUAAACAAGGUCAGAAUCCUGUUUCUAGAAAAAAAGAGUUUUUUCUGCCCAAAAAUGCUUAUUCUUUGACUUCUUCUUGUGCUUCUACCUUUUGAGCGAAAACCAUGUUUGAUCAAAGAAUUGGCCGCCGCUUUUUUCUUCUUCCCAGCUAUUUCCGUUACCUUUUGGCUUUUGAGGUUUUGUUGGAAUGUUUGGCGAAUGGAUUGCAAAAGAGUAGGAAAAAGUAGGGCGAUCUUAGAGCAAAGAUAGAACUGUUUCGGCUUUUGAAAAUAUUUUUGAAACUCUGGAAAUUGAAAAAUGUGCAAUACUUUCAAUGGUCUGAAAGUUUUUCGAAGCAAAGUUUGUAUUUGAAUGGCGUUGAGCUUUUUCUUUUGGAAACACCGUUUUAUUUCAAUUUUAAUAUAUUAUAGUUUAGUUUCACAUUCCAAAAAGGAGAACUUAAGAGGGAAAAAGUUUUGACUUUUCUCAUAGCUUUUCUGAAACAGAAAUCUCAGUUUCCCAAAAAAAUUUUUUUUCUAUCCAUUAAAACUUCAUUUAGAACAUUUUAUGAUUUUUUUAGGACCUAAGUCUUCUCUCGAGACUUCAGAAUAAGCUCUUGGGUUAACGGAAAUACCCUUCUUUUUUUCAAUUUUUUUAUUAAAAGUCGGUAACGAUAUAAUAUUUCGUUUCAUACCUAAAAAAAGAGAGACAAAACUACUCUAAUAAUCACUUCUUUUCUUCAAUGAUCUUUGAUAAAGCUAGAUGAACGGUCUGGCUAAAAAAACUUCAACUAAAAAAACUUCUUAAGUCUGGCUAAAAACUUCAACUAAAAACUUCUUAAGUCUGGCUAAAAACUUCUUAGGGGUAACUUGAACAGGAUUAAAAUCUCUUUUUACACCAGAUUAAUUUUGUCCACAAUGAUUUUUCUAAAGUAAAAAUGUCGAAAUAAACUUCAAAAAACGAUUUUCAGGUGGUGGAGGACGGCUACGAGUUCUUCGCGAAAAGACAACUGGUGACGCUCUUCUCGGCGCCCAACUACUGUGGAGAGUUCGACAACGCCGGCGGGAUGAUGAGCGUCGACGAGACUUUGAUGUGCAGCUUCCAGGUUCGCGCUUUACUUUGAAAACGGUUUUGUAAGGUUUUGGAAUAGGUGGGGACUCAAUGAGUUCAAGAGAAAGGGCUGACUUACCAAAAUUUUAAGGAAAAAGGUUAUAAUGUUUUAAAUCGAGGGAGGCAGUUUUGACUGAAUUUUUGGAGGCAGUUCUGAAUUUAUUUUAGGACAAAUUCGGUUGUUAUUAGGAUAUUUAGAUGUAUUAGAAAAGAAAAAUUGUUUCCUCGGAUUUCUGAAGAUAUUUCUGAUCGAGAUUUUCACAAAAUUAGCGAAAAUAAUCAAUUUUGUUUUAACUUGGAUCAAAAAAUUUUUUUUUCAAACAAACUUUCUUUUCGAAAAAGUAACUUUCCCGUGACCUUUACCCGACGCGCCAUUCAUUCUGAUGGGAUGACCACUUGGCCGGAUUCUGUAAUGCGAUAGCAAAUAAAAUCAACCUACGCGGCGGACCUCCCACUCAAAAAAAGAGGAAGAGAUUUUUUUUUUCAGCGCAUAAUCUUGUCGCAAUUUGAAUUUUGGCCUUUUAACGGUGGUUUUUCCGGUGUUUUCGUCGAGUUUCUGGACGUUCAAAAGAGAAUUUUGAAGUGUUGCAAGUGGCAAGAACAUUUAUUUGAUGACCCGGGUGAAGGCAAAAAUAGCUGCAUAUUGGUAUCAACAUUUGCAAUUUAUGCGACUUUUAAAAGCCAAAAAUGAAGAGGUCUAGAAGGAAAAUUUUGAAAUUUUGUUGACGAAAUCAUUUCAUUUUAGUGUGACGGAGCAAAUUUGACCAAAAAGUAACCACAAAAAAAUAAUUUUGACCCUAUGGUCACCCUGAAAAGUACCGUGUAAAAAAUCGAAAAAAAUUAAAAAAAUAAUCUUGAACAAUAAUGUUGAAGGUUCGAUUGUUGCACUUCCCUUUCGAAGCGAAAAUCCAGAAUUUCUCGUGGAUUUUCCCCCCAUAUCCACUCGAUUUCCAACGGCGCGUCGUUCAAUUAAAAACCUAUUCAAUCGUGUUUUUUUGUGUCUCUCGUGGGCGAGAAUUUGCAAAAUUCGGAUCAGAAAAUUCAAUUUUGUUAACCCUUUUCAAAAGGACGCAUCGUGUCUUUAAAUAAACUCUCAGGAAAGCCGUUUCAUUUCAUUUUUCAUUUUUGAUGAAUUUGUCUUGAACAGCAUGGAGAAAAAAGUUCCUGGCAAAAAAUGGUAGGACAUGUUGAGGGGCUAGCGAAAAUAAUCACGAAGUUUUUGGUUACCUGCCUCAAAAUUUUUACCAUGAGUUUCACCUCUGUGAGAGAUCAUCUUUCUCUUUUGAAACCCACUCUAAUCAAAUAAUGACGUUUUUUCGGUCUCUCCGUAGUUUGAUCCAACCUCCAACAUCACAGUGAUCUUUCUGUUAUUUUCCCCUCAAAACGAAGGUUGGAUAGCAGGAAAUGAAGAGCAAAAGCCACUCAAGCCUCAUCUUUUUUCACGUCGCGCCAAGUGGCAUAUCUCGAUUGACGUUCCGAAACCGUUUCGCUGAACUAUUUUUUCGCGGUAAACAAACGGCAGCUUUUUCACGUGAAUCUUUAUGGGUCAAUUUCCGAGAAAUCAAGAAUUGGAAGCUCAAGUUUCCUGUUUUUUUAUUACUGUGAGGAUCUAGGAGAUCUUUGAGCAUUUUUGCUUCGAGAAAGGAUUUUCAACAAAGAUGAAUGGAUGAUGGAAAAAAAUCUUUUUACUUGAAAGUUUUUUUUCAAAAAUGAAUCUUCAAGGCUCAUUUUUUUUUUACGAAUUUUUGCUCUGUAGAACUAGUAACUUUUCUAAAACUUCAGUCUAUCGGAAAAACCUUCUCUGGUCUUUGAUCCUUUUUUUGAAAAUUGAGCUUACUCUUAGAUCUCCCAGAUCCACCAAGUUGAUGUAUUUUUCUAAGCCACAUCCUAAUUUUGAAAUUUUCAAAAUAUCAUGUAAUCACUAUUGAGCUAUAAAGUUCAGUAUUACGAUAAAGUUGCUUCUUAAGAAAUACUCGAGAAAUUACUCAGGUUUUCAUGUCGGCUUUUCAUUCCAUGGCCUGGAGUCAAGCACAGAACCAGAUGUGGUAAAUCGAAGAGAAAAAAAAAAUGAAUUUGCCGGCCAAUGCGCAUUGGUUUUGACCGAUUGGCAGCGGCGGACCAGUCUUUGGCCUUGUUCUUCUCAUUUGAACACUCUAGAACUGCAAGAAUAACAAGAAGAAUGGAGAAAAGCCUCUUCUCUUGUACGAGUUUACCUGGUCGCUUUGAGCGCCCCGCCGUAAUUCCCUCGCUUAAGCCGGGUGCCGUGAGAUUUUCGGUUUUUUGGAGGUUUUGGACGAUUUGAAAAGAGAUUGAAGCACUGUUUCGAAUUUUUUAGCUACUCAUAAAAAAUUUAGAAUUUUAAAGUGUGAAAAAUAUAAAGUUGGCUGCGACAGCAGUGUUUGGAAGCACUUUUUCUAGCUUUUAGUACGGUUUUUUCAAGUAAUUGGAUUCAUUUCGCAUUUGAUGAAGUGACUGUCACCCCAAAACAAGAGUAAAUCGUACGAAUCGUAGGGAAACAUGUGUUUUCAAACGAUUAUGCGAUAUUAUUCCACGCUUGGCUUGGCCGAUCGUCGUCCGAAUAUUGUCAUUUUGGUCUCGGCAAUUGAACAAAUAGAAAAAAAACCGUGUGGGUGUGUUGGAAAAUAAAUGGAUAGUUUCUGUUCAUCUUUAGAACUGAAGGAUUAUGAAGAAUAGAAAGAUAGAGGGAUUUUUUUGUUUAAAAAUGGUUUGAAGGAGGUCGUGUUUUAUUUUUUUUCAUUAAUUCUCGCUGUGACUUUCCUUGAAUUAAAAAUUAACCUAAAGAAUUUCUUGAGUGAUCACUAAUUGCCUAGUUCUUCCCAAAGAAGCAUAUUUUUUUCCUAUAACUUUUUAAUUUUUGAUAAUGAACGACUUUUUAACAUACUUGAUAAAAAAAUCUCCAAAAAGUUUUUUCAUAAAAUUAACUCUAGAGUUAGUGUUUUUGCACCACAAUCCAAAAAAAGGCUGUUGAAAAAAUUUUUUGAUUUGAAGUCCCUGAGCCAAAUUCAGAGAUUUGCUUCUUGCGUGAAGAAUAUCUCCUCUUUUUUUAAAAUAAAAUCAAAAAAACGAUCUUGCCACCGAGAAUACUAGUAUUUCCCCGACAACUCGCUGAUGUACUAGCUGUUGUGGCACACGCGGGAUUCAGUCAGGUCUUUUGGCGGCGUUCGAGUGGCGACCCGAGGAACGAUCUCACGCAAUUCGUCGCCUUUUGACACGAAUUGCCCCGCCGCAAAAAUUGACUGUGUUUGCCGACGCGACACGGCGUGUCUUGUAUUGUGCGGACGGAAAGGAAAAAUCGGGGUCUUGCCAAAAAACUGUUUGUUCUUUCUCCUCUUUUUUUGCUGUUAAGAAAGUUGGAGGGGAAUGUGUAAAUGUGUACAGGCCGUGAAAUGUGGACAUUUUGAGUUGAUUUUCAGUAGUGAGGACCUGAAAAACAUUGUAAGAGGCUGGAAAGACUUUGAAAAACGAGAUUUGAUUAUAGGAGUUCGUAGGAAUUUUCAGAAAUAUUGAGGUUUUUUUGGAAAAAAAUAAACUUCAUGUUUUCUCAAUUCCGUCGUUUGAAAAAAAUCGGCAAAGAUUUCAUAAAAAAGAAAAAAUUGGGGUGAGCACACUUGUCUGGAAAUGAAAAAUAAACUUGAAAAAGUUUCAAAAUGGAAAAUAUGUCAUUAAAUAACUUUCUAGGUUUCAAAAUUUGUUUGUUUUUUUCGCAUAACUUUUUUUCACGUCAAGUCCACUGAUUUUUCAGUUCCACAUACUAAUAUUUGUCAAAAGUCCGGUUCUUUUAAACAGUUGAAAGCUUUUUCGAAAAAGAAUUUUCGAGCGGAAAACCAGGAAAUUCUUUGUUCCCGUCUGUUUCAAAUGUUUUGACGCAUCAUCCGUGUGACUCACUUCACUUUUGCUUUUUUCUUUCCCGAGGUUUUGAAAUCGUAGAACAAAAGAUGAGAAGAAGAAGCGAGCCGCGAGAGAAAGGCGUUUGGAAAAGGAAUGUGGGCUCCAUGGAGAAGGCGCGAGAUUAAGUUGUUCGAAAAGAUUUGAGUUACUUUAUGGGAAUUUAUUAAUAAUCAAUUUUCAUAGAAGAAUAAGGCUGGGGUUCAAAAUGAUGGAAAAAAAUCCGGCUCUGAAAAGUGCAGAUACUUGAAUUGAGAAGAAAGAAAUACUCAAUUAAAAAAAUUUCUUCAUAACAUUUCUCACGGAAACAACAAUGAACCCGAUAAAUAGUUGGAGAUUUUCAGAUUCUGAAGCCGUCGGAGAAGAAGGCCAAGUACCAGUACCAAGGAAUGAACAGCGGGAGGCCGGCGGUCGCGGGUUCGAGGCCUGGAACCACCGGCGGCAAAAAAUAA